AAUGGCCAAAUAUCUAUUGAAACUGACAAGAUAGAAUGUGUUUCUUUAGAAGUGAAAUACUGAUGGCACAAUUGCAAACCGUGCCAACAAGGAGGGGAAAAAAUGAAGAGAAAACUAAAGAAACUAGAAUGGAUGUUCAAAGAACUUUCAACGGAGCUAAGAUUCAAAAGGGACAUGUACAAGAAAUGGAAAGGGGGAAGAGUCACCAAGGAAUGUAAACGACUAACCAACAUAAGUAGGGAAAAGAUCUAACAAUCUAAAUCAGAAAAUGAGGCCAGAAGAAGAAAUGAGCCAAGAGUAGGGUCUGUGCCUGGAGAAGGUGGUGAGAUGCUAACCAGGGAUAGGGAAGAGGUAGAACACGGCCUCAGUCUUCUCCCAAAAGGAAAUGGGUAUUCUGCCUGACGAAGAUGGAGCAACUGGAGAAAUGCAACCCAAAAUAGAUAAAGAAGUGGCCCAGGAAUACCUGGCCACUCGAUGAAUCCACGUCUCCAGGGCCAGGUGAACUACACCCAAGAGUAUUGAACUAACAGCAGUAAUCCCAGAACCACUGUCAAUCCUCUUUGUUCAUUUUUGGGAACAGGAGAAAUCCCAGCAGGCUGGAGGAGGCAAAGGUUGUCUCUAUCUCCAAGAAUGGACCAAAAAGAGGUCCCCUAACAAUGACCAUCCAGUAAUCUUGACCUGGCCCAUAAGCAGUUGAAGCAGCUGUUUAGACUCUUGAAUUUUUAUAAGGAGGAGAUUGUUUGAUGUGGAUUGAUAAUCGUUAUAGAGGGAGCAGAUCUGUUUGUUGGCUAUUAUGCGCUCUUUAUCGAACUAGUUUUUGUGUCUGACCCUGGACUGCCACGGCGUUCUUUGCCAAUCGUAUAAGGGAUUCAAACCAGGUGGAUUUGUAAUGGUUUGGGAGACAAAGGGUGGAGUGCCGCAGAGUUCUGUCCUAGGCCUAGUACUGCUCAAGAUGCGCAUCAUAUUUUGAGAUGACACCAAAUUAGCAGGGAUAGAAUUAACAAUGGCCUGAACAUGUUAGAAAGCUGAGCCAAAACUAACACAAUUAAUUUCAACAAGAAUAUAUCUAGAGUAGUACACUUAGGCAGGAGGAAAAUGCUAGUUCUGGGCACCUCAAUAAAGGCUGGAACAUGCUCAGAUUCCAUUUCUGAUUCUACAUAUCAAUUAAGAAAUUGUUGUUAACUGUGACCAACCCGUCGUCUCUACAAAGCUUACAACUAUGGCAUGGAGGCCUUGGCCCUUUCCCUUUCAAACAACCAACAGGAAUGUAAAUCUACUUUAAAGAAUUUCUUGUUAUUAUUUUUCAUGAUAGCUCUCACGUGAGGAGGGAAUCUCUUCUUCUUCCGCCAGGGCCCAAUCGCCUUUGAGGACGUGGCUGUGGAUUUCUCCCUGGAGGAGUGGGUUCUCCUGAAUCCGGACCAGAAAGCCUUGCACAAGCAGAUCAUGGAGGAGAUGAAUGGGAUUGUGGACUCUCUUGUAGGUAACGGGGAGAAGAGCCAUGUAUGCACCAAAUACAGGAAACAUUUUGGACACAACUGGGGCCUUCGUCAACAGCAGCAAGCCCACAGAGAAGAUGGAGGUUCUGCCAAAGAAAGGCCUGACAAAUGCAGUGUAUGUGGGAGGUGUUUUACUCAAAAUAUGGCACUUGUGCUUCACAAGACACUCGAUGUUGGGAAAAGCCAUCUUAAAGGGAAAGUAUCUGCAAAAUGUGUGGUGAAACACAAAAAAAUUCACACAGGUCAGGAACCAUACAGAUGCCAAGAGUGUGGGAAGUGUUUUGCUUCCAGUUCAGCCUUGUUGAGCCACAAAAGACUCCACACAGGAGAGAAGCCAUACCAGUGCCAGGAGUGUGGGAAAUGUUUUGCUUCCAGUUCAACCUUGGUGAGCCACAAAAGACUCCACACAGGAGAGAAGCCAUACAAAUGCCAGGAGUGUGGGAAAUGUUUUGCUUCCAGUUCAACCUUGGUGAGCCACAAAAGACUCCACACAGGAGAGAAGCCAUACCAAUGCCAGGAGUGUGGGAAAUGUUUUGCUUCCAGUUCAACCUUGGUGAGCCACAAAAGACUCUACACAGGAGAGAAGCCAUACCAAUGCCAGGAGUGUGGGAAAUGUUUUACUUCCAGUUCAACCUUGGUGAGCCACAAAAGACUCCACACAGGAGAGAAGCUAUACAAAUGCCAGGAGUGUGGGAAAUGUUUUACCGACAGUUCAGCCUUGUUGAACCAGGAGUGUAGGAAAUGUUUUGCUGACAGUUCAACCUUGGUGAAACACAAAAGACUCCACACAGGAGAGAAGCCAUACCAGUGCCAAGAGUGUGGGAAAUGUUUUGCUUCCAUUUCAGACUUGGUGAGGCACAAAAGAAGUCACACAGGAGAGAUGCCUUACAAAUGCCAUGAAUAUGGAAAAUGUUUUACUCGGACUUCAUCCCUUAACCAGCACCAGAGAACACAUACAGGCUAAAAAACAGCCAUUGUGGGUAAAUGUCUGAUUUCAAACAGGACCCUUUGAGAAGUUCUGCGUCAGAUUUGGUGGAGUCCCCGCUCUUGUUAUUUGAACCUGUAAGUUGGAGGUCCUGUUCUCUGGAGCAGCAGAAAGCAAGCUCUGUGUGACAGUGUACAGAUGUGUGAGGGAAGAAUCUUUUUGAUCCCACCACACACACAGAUACCACCAAUUAUAAAGAUGUCUUAUGGAUGAUGAUUUUAAUUAUUUAUUUAUUUAAUUAUCUUCUUCGCUGCCACCAAUGGAGGAGAUGUCGGCAGAUGGCACUGGUUCUUUUUAUACCUUCUUUGUUUAUUUUACCUCAGAUGUUGAUAUUGCUUAACUUGGUAUAUAAUUGUGACAGAGACUUAGAUGGAAUUAAAUCAAAACAAGUUUAUUGCUUGUA